AAUUGUGAAAAUAAGCUAAAAAUCAAAAAUUUAAUAACUAAAAUGCUAAAAGACAAUUGCGGUUCCUAAACUAAACUAAUAAUAUACUACAUACAUAUUUCGUAAAAUCAAACAAAAUGUUAAUAAAACUUCAGAGUUAAAAGUGUAGAAAAAGUUAAAACCAAAACUACAAACAACACAACCUAAAGAAAAUAUUCGUGAGCUUAUAUGAACUGCUUAAAAGAAACAAUGGAAAGUCGUUUACUUGAAUAUCGGCCAAUUGGUGGUGGUCUUGACUAUCAUCACAACUCACCACUGAUUGGUGAAAUACCACCGGGCGGGGAUUACUCGCAAGCGGUACAUCGUUCCAUAGACCAAUUACGCAACACCCUUAAUGAACGCGUCACCUUGGGACCGUUGAGUGUUUUCUCCAAUACGGCCGACCUAAGAACAUCUGUCUUGAAUUACACCAAUCAGCCCCAUCAGCAGCACCAACAACCUCAAUACCACCUUCAAGGUACAGUUUCGACUACAACGGGCAAUGGUGCGGGCACAGAAAAUGUUCAGAUGCAACAUACUAAAGCCGGUUGCAUGGAUGGCAAAUUGGCGGAUUCUACAACAGGAUCAGUUGUAAGUUCUAGCCAACCGACUUCGGGGGGAAGAGGACGUAAAUCGAAAAUCUAUACAAAUCCCAAUCAGCAUAUAAUAGUGACCAGCAAUAGUGUGGACAAUGGUGGAACACGGGCCCAAAAUCGUCAGCAACAGAACGAAACAAAUAAUAAUGGAAUUUCAUCAUCAACUUCAUCACCUCACCAUCAAAUGCAAAUGCAAGAUAUUAAAGAUACCAAGAUUUUCACUUCAAAAGCUGAUCUCCAACUACAUACUCAAAUGCAUAUGCGUGAGUCCAAGCCGUAUAAAUGUACUCAAUGCUCUAAAGCGUUUGCCAACUCGUCGUAUCUCUCGCAACACACACGAAUACAUUUGGGCAUCAAACCGUAUCGCUGUGAGAUUUGCCAACGCAAGUUUACCCAACUCUCGCAUCUGCAACAACACAUACGCACGCAUACCGGUGACAAGCCUUACAAGUGUCGACAUCCUGGUUGCCAAAAGGCCUUCUCACAACUCUCCAAUCUGCAAUCUCACUCCAGGUGCCACCAAACUGACAAACCCUUCAAAUGCAACUCUUGCUAUAAAUGUUUCUCGGACGAGGCCUCGCUCUUGGAUCACAUACCCAAGCACAAAGAGUCCAAGCAUUUGAAGACGCACAUUUGCCAGUAUUGCGGCAAAUCGUACACACAGGAAACAUAUCUAAACAAACAUAUGCAAAAGCACUCGGAGAGAACAGACAAACGACCGCCCAUUGUGGCCACAAAUGCGGGCAGUAAUUCGGCCACCGGAACUGGGACAGGAACUGGAACAGCAACAGGUAAUAGUAACAAUAAUGCAGCUGUAGGAAGUAAUACCACAACUAAUAAUGCUACUGCCACAGCAGGUGUCGGAAGCGGCGGCGUAGGUCAUCCUGGCACCGGAAAUCAACACAACCGUAAUAAUAUCUCAUUACCACCGGUAACUAUAGCACCCACCGACAACUCAUAUUGGCCCAAAGUCAGUCCCGACUCGGCGGCCAACAUGAACGAUGUCAUGCAUCAGCAACAACCCCAGCAACAGCAGCAGCAACAUCCCCAUCAACAACACCAUCAACAACAGCAGCAGCAACAGGCUCACAAUGGGCAACAGCCGACGGGCCAGCAGCAGCAUCAUCAUCCGCAACAGACGAAUCCCCAACAACAGCAACAACCUCCGACACAACAACAAGGCCAAACUCAUAUGGACUAUACGAAUCAUCAGGCGACUGGCGCCAACAAUCCACACAAUGAUUUGCAAAAUCACCAUCGUAUGAAUGACAAUGGUCGAGAGGAUAUAGUUUCAACACCCUCAACUGUGGGCCCUUACGAUGCCUCCAGUAUUACAAAAACCACCACAAAUUCAGCAUUUACACCGAUCAACUCGAUGCCACCACAUUUGAAUACCCUGUCACAUCAUGCAAUGAGCCAGCGUCCAUAUUUGUAUGACGCCAUUAGUUUUCAAAAUAAAAAUGUCAAUCAAAAUAACGCUUCGAAUUCGUUUCCAAAUCAAUUGAUAUCGCUGCAUCAGAUACGCAACUAUGCCCAUCAACCGGCCGGUCUAACGAUGGCCGGUGAACAUCUAUUGGGUGUUAGUGUGGGUCCUGGCAAAGAUAAGGGAUAG